UUGCAACUAAUUUGAAUGAGUUUCUACGUAACGUUUCGACAUAUCUCUGUCGUUGUCGCAUUGCUUCCAGUAAUUUCACUGAUAAUAUGUGUUCUUAGAUGUAUGACUACGAAUCCAUGUAGCUGGCUUGAUUGCACAGAUACCAAUUACUUACCGUCUCUAAGUGCUGCUACUGCUGGUAAUGGACCUCACAGAGUAAUAUGGAUAAUAUCAAUUCUAAUUAGUUCGAUUGGGCGGCUGAUACUUCUAUCAAACAGUUACAUAAAUUCCCGUAAAUUCUCAGGCGGAGAACAUAUGUGCAUUUCCAACUUGCUAUAUCUUUCAAGUUUUAUUGAAAUAUUUUCGCUCAAUAUGCUUAGCAUUGUUUCU